CUUUUAGGCGUGUGCAAUGCGAUAUCUAUCACUUUAUUGACCUCCUCAUCCUCUGAUUCACAAUAUUUUCGUUUUUUUCCUGUAACAAAGCCUGUAACAUUGCUCACAAAGUUUGUAGUAGAAAUUUUCAGACCCAUUUUUUGCUUGUUUCGAUGUCCGCCGUACUUCCGUUUACACGAUUACCCUUUUCAGGCAAAAAAACUGUUUAAAACAGUUUUUUCUACAUGAGAAACUUCCUUACAUCAUUAUGUUUAUAUAAUUUUGAAUAAAUUGUAUAUCCUCUUAUGGUUCUUGUCACUGCACAAUAACAGUUAAAAUACCAUUAACAAAAUAGAAACUUUCUUUUUGGAUCAGUUAAUCCGUGCGAUAUUUGCACUUGACUUGUUUAUUUACUAAUGGAUUCCAAAUUAGGAGUUUGUAGGCGACUUAUUUGUACUUGAAAUUAUUAACUGGUUAUUUAUUGUUCAUUAUUGUUAGUGAACUGUGUAAAAACUAGCAAAAUUAAUGAUUUAAAAGCAUUUCUGAUGUGUUUUAAGACUGAAUUUUACAAUGCCACUGUAAAAACGGUUGCAAAACGCAAAAAAUAUUCGUCAAAACAGCUGUCCUUCAAAAAUAGGUUAUGUCGUUAUGUCAUCGCCAAAAAUAUAAGUUUGCUAAAGUGAAAAAGCAUACAUCUUUUGUUGCUUAAAAGUGAGAUAACACUAUCCGUUUUUUAAGCCGGUACAGGUAGAAAGGGAACUUUUAUUUAUUUCUUUAUAUGAAAAUAAUGAGUAGGAGUGAGAAAAGGAUUUUCAAUGGUAUAAAAAUGAUAUAAAUCAAGAAAUGAAAUGAGGUCAACAAAACACUGGUUUAAAAAUAUACAAAAUUUUGUUGUGGUGUGCUGUCAUCUAUUAUCUGUGUCUAUUAUUAAAAUUGACUAACAUUUUGCAAAUUAUAAAUAAAUUUUUAAAAUAAAAAUAUUUUGAAAGUUGUACAGUACAUUCAUUUAUCUUUUUUAAGUACAAAAAUAGUAUGAUGGUGAGUGAAAAUGUUAUUUAGAUGGAACAUUUAUAGGUUAAGUAAUCAAAGUUUAAGGUUAUGCAGUAACCAUAAUUUUUAUAUAAAACAUUCCGUAUUAUUUGAAAGCCGGCUGGACGAUAGAAAUAAGAGUAUUCAAAAAAGGAAUUUUUCAUUUCAAAAUACAGUAGAAUCGAUAGCUAAAACCCAAACGGGAAUAUUCAAAUCUUUAUCAGAAAGUACGCCUGUGGAAUAUAUCCAAAAUUUUUUAUUAUCCUUCCACGAUACUUCUGGACUGCCUUGGUGGGCUACUAUAGUAUGUACAACGAUAUUAUUAAGAAGUUGCGUAACUUUACCACUAGCUGUCUAUCAGAAUUAUAUAUUAGCAAAAUUGGAGAAUUUAAAACUUGAAAUGCCUGAAAUAGCUAAAGAGCUACGCAAGGAAACUGCUGUCGCCAUUAAGUUGUAUAAAUGGGAUGAGAAAAAAGCAAAAUUAGUUUAUAACAGAUCGAUUAGGAAGCAAUGGAAUAAACUAGUAGUUAGGGACAACUGUCAUCCAUUUAAAGCCAGUUUAUUAAUAUUGUUUCAAAUACCAAUGUGGAUAUCUUUAUCAGUAUCACUGAGAAAUCUAGUUUACAUGCUACCUUUACAAGAUGCAAAUGCCCAAAUAACUUUUGCAGAACUUUCUAUAGGCGGCUUUGGGUUCAUUCCCAAUUUAACAGAGGUUGAUGCCUCUGGGAUACUCCCUGUUAGUCUGGGAUUAAUAAAUUUAUCAAUUAUUGAGCUGCAAAGGUUAUCGAGGGUUAAUGAUCCCACAAAGUUACAAAAGAUUUUGACAAAUGUUUUUAGAGGUAUAAGUUUAGUAAUGAUACCUGUAGCUGCAUCAGUACCGUCGUGUCUUGUAUUAUAUUGGACAACUUCUAGUGCUUAUGGAUUGAUACAGAAUUUGGUAUUGAUAUCUCCCAAAAUUAAAAGAAUUUGUAGAAUACCAAAAACUACAAGUGAAUUAUCGGAACCUUAUAAACAUAUUAGCUCAAAAUUACAAAAAAUGAUUGACUUUUCUUCAUAUAAAUGAUGAAUUUAUAUUCUAUCAUUAUUAAUGUAAUUACUUGUACAAUAAUUUAUAUUAAAUAUUAAACAACAAAUUGCAUGUUUGUGUAUUUUUAUUUUAUAAGUGUGACUCAAUAAAAAAAAUAAAUAUUUACAUAAUCUAGUCAUUAACAGGUAAGUAUUUUUAUUAUCUGUUCUUAAUAUUUUCCUGAUUUGACAUCAUAUUUGACAUUUCCUUGAUCAUCUACAGACGAUGAUGAAGAACUGAAUGCACCGCGAGGUCCCUGAGCAGCUCCUGACACUUUUACACCUGUUCCUUUACCUACCCCACUUCUGCUGAAAAGUAUGGGCC